AUGGCCAUGCUUUCAGUGAUCCGCGCUGAAGAUGAGGCGACCUUCCCCAACGAUAUGUUCUUCCACCAUCAUCCCAGCAAGGCGUAUGCCAUGGCUGUUGCUAUGGAGGAAGAGGGAGAUCCUUUUGCUCGACACUUAUUCGAAGCUUCCAACGACUAUGCUGGAGCUGACACUGAGCAACAAGGAAACUGGGAAGGUAUUCACGAAGGAUUCGCUGCAUCCACAGACCAGUCCGGUGGUGAUAAGAGUAAGAACCCCGGCCACAAACCCGGCCAGAAUCCCACCAAGCAGCCGACUCAUAAACCUUCCAAGCAAUUAAACAAACCUCCAUCGCAACAGGCGGAUAAGAAGCGACCUUCCAACAAACCUAAACCGAAACCAACGCAGAAGAAGCCCCAGGCCUCCCAGAAGGCUAAACCCAGCGCGAAACCCGUGCAGUCUAAACAGGCAAGUCGCUCAAAGCCUCCGUCUAAGCCUACAUCGGUCGCCAAAGGCAAACCCAAAUCGAGUGCUGCGGCCGCUCAACCUAGCUCCCAGCCUGGCGGUGGUGCACCCUUCAUGUCGAAGUCGAUUGCUCAGCCAAGCGGAAAUCCUGCUCAGCCUACUGAUGAAGGCAGUCCUCAAGGCGCUCAAGGCGGUCCACCUUCAUCUGACCGCGAAAGCAAGCAUCCUACCCGACCUGAUCUUCACGGUGUUAGUUAUAAUGCCAACGGCGGUAUUGUGCUUCCUCAAGGCAAAAAAUUUCCUCCAGCCGCCGCCUACGCUGCUGGCGAUCCCGCCGAUUCACCUUACAAGGAUGAGCAACGUCAAUCGUCGCCUGUCGGAACCAAAUCGGAAGGCGAUGAAAGUGACAAGGAUUCGCAUACUGGUCGACCUUAUGUUUUCAGUGACGGCAAGGGAUGGCAACGGCGCUCUACCGGAUACGAGCUUUAUGCCGCCGAGGAUGGUUACGCCGGAUACAGUGGUAUCCGCCUUGCUGCUCAACCCGAUGAAGCUGAUUCCGCCUACACACAAGGUGAAGCCACUUUCUACGAUGCCGAAGGCCAUGUUGGCAUUUGUGGCAAGCACUGCAAAAAUACAGAUUUGGUCGCCAGUGUGAAUACGGAACAAAUGGGUGAACCCCACUCGAAGAAGAACCCCAACUGUGGAAAAAAAAUCGAAGUGACCGGUUCCGAAGGCAAUAAAAUUACCGUAACUGUUGUCGAUAUCUGCAAAUCUUGCAAGCCCGGCGGCCUUGAUUUGAGUCCUGCAGCUUUCGGAAAGCUUGGUGAUUAUAGCCACGUCGCAGUUCCCAUUAAAUGGAAAUACGAAUCUUAA